UAUAUGUUUAACGAAGUUAAACGAAAAAUUCAGGAUUAACAUGCAUCUGCGUUAAAAGCAAUGUUAUUUAAAAGGCUUAAAAGGCGUUGUUCAAUUAUCAUUAUCAGAUAAGUCAAGAAAGGAACAAAAAAAACCUCUGGAAAAAAAAAAACAAUUCACUGAACAGAUUCAAAACAAACAUUCGUUAGCAACCUUGACAUUACAAGUUCAAGGUUACAGACUGAAAUAAAAGAAAAAAUCAAAAAGUGGUUCAGCGCCAGACUAAUCAAACAAAAGAUUGGAAAGUAGCCUAGCAACAGAUCAGUUGGUGAAUGACAGGCAACCAACAUAAAAAUUCUUUUAUUCCUUAAAAACGUGUCUCUAGUGGAAAUUACUUUGAGAGGCACGUGUUACCUUCGAGGAGCCUUGAGUAAUUGAGUGAUUAUUACACUCAUCUUUCGAUCAUUUGAGAGCCCUGACAUUCCCUCCAUUUAAUUUCUGUGUAUUUUUCGAUUGUAAUUACAGUUCUGGCGAAUUUAUGGUGUUUUAUUGAAAGCAAGUUUGUACGUGAAGGAGUUUACAUACCCUGUCGGCCACAUCAAACUUCUUUAUAUCAAACGUGAUAUAAUCCGCUUGGUUAAAUGUUAUAGCAGAUCAUUUGCUAAUUGUUCUUUUUUUUAGCUAACUCGUCACAUUAAUGCUUGUCAAAGGAUUUAAUUAAAAUAUUUCAACCUGACUGGAAAAGAAAGAAAAAAACAACACGCCCUGAUCACGUUCACUACAAUAGAGUGUAUAAAGGUUCAGUUGCCAGAAGAAACGUCUCUCUUGUCCUCUGUGGGGUCCUUUGUCUUCACUAGUUUUUGUUUUGACUGUGGAAGCUAGUUAAAAAAUCCGAAAUGCUGAGACGUGAACAGUUUUAAAAUGCAUGAUCCACUCUUGAGGAGUCAAGUGACCAUACUUGUAGUAAAUGUUUCACGGUGUCUCACAGUGCUUUGGUCAUGAUAGCCGGUCUUCAGAAUUUUUCGCAAAAGCGUGAGUGGCAGGCUUAAAAUAGGGUGGUAGUAAUAGAUAGGGACAGGGCAGGAAUCGGGGAAUUGGAGGCUAGAGAAGGAAGUACAGUGCCUUUUUGCCUCUGUCCCUUCAACGUGUUUUGUGUUCAAAUUCCCCUAAUUCUGCUUUUCUAAGUAGACUGUUGCAUUUAUCUAUUAAAUAUUAGCACAUACUUUGGUUACACGUCGAUUAUUUGCAUUCCGCAUGUGAAUGUCAUGUAAUUUUAUUUAAAAUAACAAAAAGCCAGCCCACUUGAGUGUGUCCUUUGUGGUGGUAGACGUGAUGACUGGCACGAAAAGCCGGCUUUCCAUUCCGCGUCGAUUAACCGUGUUAUUUUCCCUUUAGUCGUGUAUUUUUCUAUUAUGGAUAUGCCUUGCGUUUAGCUAUUUCCUUGUCAUACAAAGAUCUACAAAACUGGUAUCACAGAAGCCACGAAGUAACUUGACCUUCAGGUUUCUCCUAAAAAAGACUAAGUCACGCUCUCUCGAAAAACGCAAAUAGAUCAGUGAUUUAAGAAUUUUUGCUGAUCGUGUUAUGUUACAUUUUGGCUCUAAAGAAGGUGGUAUCAUUCUCUUAUCUUUUUCUACUUUUAUUUGUUUUACAAGCAAAGAAAUCAGUGCGGCUAUAAUCAGUUAUAAUCCUGUCUUUUCCGUGCACCGUUCGAGUAACCUCUCUGUUAAUGUUCUGUUAAAUGCUUUGAGCAAAGCCGUCGUAAAAAUUUUAAUCUCCUGCGCCUGCAUGUUGCUCAGCGGUUCUCUCCUUCCUCAGCUUCCGCGGAGCAGAGAGAUCUUGAGAGGCACUAUGCAGCAGUAUUGCGUGGUGAUUUACUUCAGUCUGAUGUUUCACACAUUUUAGCCAAGUCUGGCCAUCAUUCAUGUAUUUAUUAGAAUACCAGCACUUUGCAAGAAGGAGUAAUACUGAAUCUGGCCUCCAUUUCCUCAUCAUCCCACCGCCGUAAAAUCGUUUCACGUCGCCUAAUGCGAAAUUGCACUUUAAGUCGACUUAAAAUAUUUACUGCACUACAGACCGGACUUUGUUCUGAUAAUGUAAAUGUCAAGCUUAUCUUUUUCUCCUGAUAAGGAAUGCGGAAGGAAUCGAAUCUCGAGGAAGCUGUAAUAUAUAUCUCCACGAACUAAAAGAUAUAUUUUUUUUGCUCUGGCACAAGUUUUACUUAUCAAUGAUGUUUUGAAAAAUCCCUGUGCAAUUUGUGUUCUCUGUAUCUUACAAACUGAAGCAGCAUGCUUGGCGUGCUUGAAGCACUGAUACAACAUAACGUGUCAUUCAUUCUGUAAAAAGCUUUUAAAACAGAUCGAUUGCAGUCUAAUACUAUUAAUGUCGAAUAUGUCUUUCUUCCUUGUUGAGCAACACGGAAGGAAUCAAAUUUCAAACUUCUGCCAUGAGAGCCCCAUGACAACAAAUGUUGUGGUAAACUUCUCCAUGAACUGAAGCAUUUUACUUAUUCAUUGCGGCUGACAUUCACCCACAAGUUAUACUGAUGAAAGGGUAACUAUUCUUGCCCUAACUGACAGAGACUUAACUUCUUAGUCGCCGAUCACAGUCGACGGGUAAAUAUAGUGCUAGUCUCGCCGCUUGUUCCUACUCUCUUCAAAGAUUUGAUUUCCUCUUAAACAGAUCACAAGCACCUCAGCGGUAUUGGUUUAACUUUGUAGAACAGGAGUUUUGGACCAGUCAGAAAGAACACAUAUUUAGGAAUGCUGGGUGACGUACCUUGUCGCUCACAGAACAAUAUGAAGGAAAUACUAAUGAUGAAGAAGACACACAAUAGCCUGCUUCCACUACGUGGAAAAAUAUCGCCUCCCACGAUUUUGAAUUGCCUAAACCAUUCUACGGAGCAGAAAAAUUACAAAAGCCAUGAGACCACAAAACCUGUGGGUGGAAGAGAGCGUUUAUUUUCCGCGUCCACGAUGAGCGCUUCUAGCUCUAAACAUGGUUCAACCUUCUCUGAAAGAGACUUCACUCCACCGUUUACUCCACCGGCAAACGGUGAUCGCGCGUUCCUAUUUAGAAGGCCUUCCGAACAUUUUCUUGAAGUCCUAGAAGAACAUAAACAAAGACCAACUGUACCUAAAGUACGAUCUUCCUCUUGUUUGCCUCCAUUGGGGAAAACGACUCAAGGAGAAGAUUCGCAGAAAAAGAAUUUAGGAGGAACUAAAAUUGCCUUCAGUGGUUACCUAAACGGAGAGGAUGUCGUCUCUCGCCAAGUUGAAUCUAAUGGUGGGCGACUGCUGGCUUCUGAGCAAAGGAGCGAUCCGACGGCAACAAACCUCGCUAACAAGAAGAUUCUGCGAAAAAGUCACUCUCUACCUUUAAUCAAGCCAUACACUGCUUUUACCGCAGGAAUAGACUGUGUUAACGUUUCCGUCUCUGGAAGUCACACACCAACCGAUAUCUUGAACGAUGAACAAAAACUUAACACCUGUGACCGUAUGGACAAUGCGCCUAUCGAGGAAUAUUUAGAAGAACUGUGCGAUGAAGGCGACCCACUUGAAGACGAUGAGGAGGAAACGUUAGAGAAGUUUAGUAUGAUAUGUCACUGGCUAAAAGAAUGCGAAAAAGCCAAGGUCGUGUAGCAGCAGGAUUUCAGUAAGCCAUUUAGGAAAUGCAUCUGUAAACAUCGACUUUUAUGGACCUUGCCCCGGACUUUGCAUGCGCGGGUAUAUGUAUUGAAAGAUAUCAGCGCUUGAUUUGUCUUUUCAUAUAAUUUUACCAUACCUAAGGAGCCGGCGUCCCUGGGAUAAAUGGGCGCUAUCAUGAGUCAUGAUAGCAACAUGAGGGUCCCCAUGCAAACGGAAAUUCCUUGUGGGCAUUACUAAAAGGAAUAAUUUCAUGUAAAAUGUUAAUUUUAUGUUUCCUUUAGCUUAAAGAGUAGUAUCGCUUACGCGGUUUUGUUUGCAAAAUUUUCAGAGUGAUUGGUGAUAUAUAAUUGGUGUGUUAUGUAAAAAUGUUAAGCUUUCUGCGUUACAUUUUUGGGUCUCUGUAAGAAAUAACUGAAGUAGGUGGCUAACGUAAGCAAAAGCUUUUACAUAUUUUGAAAACAGUUUGACCGGAGUACUGCUGGUUCUCCUUUCCUACCCGGUUAAACGGGAGAGCUCCUUCAGGAUUAAACGCCAGCUUAAGUUAAUCGUCUUAUAUGGCAUCAUAUGAAAUUUAAACACACCAUCAAGGAAAAACUAACAUCGAGCCGGAUAAUUUAAUCAAAGUUUUUCUAUAUUAAUUCAUUGGGAAGUCUUUCAAAGUGUGUUUUAAGUUUGACCCGGGGUGUCUUUAACAUACCACUAAAUCCGGUACUAGUCACGAAAUCCCGGCCGGUACGGGGUUUAAAUUCAAGAAAAGUUCAUUGGAAGAUUUUUUGUGAGAUGUAUAUUGCUAGUUAAUGUAGUGUUAAAUUGAUAUAAUUUUGCUACAAAUUUUAAAAUCGUUUUAUUUCUCUAUCACAAUAGCUUUUGCUUUUUUUUAUUGUAGUACUAUCCUAAUUUAUAUUCCGUGUUAUUAUACUAUAAUUAGACAAGGAAAAUAAGGCGACCUGCAGGCUAGUGUGAAGGCGGCCGACCAAGAUUGUUAUUUACGUCCUGUCCACUAGUAUAGUGGCUGUAUUUGUCUAAGACAUAGCUGGAUUUCUGCUUAUUUUACGAUACUGGGUGGUCUUUUUGGUAUAUCUACAUUUUACAGUAGAGACGAUAAGACUUUUUAUCGCGACCGAGGGUGUGUCAAGGUCAUUUAUCUUCUGUGGACUUUGUACAUAAAUGAGUGGUGUGUGAAGAUAAUUUAUUCAUCUAUUGUUCAGUACGCGAGAACGGGUUAAUGAAAUAAAACUCGAUUUCAUUCAAAGCCUUUA